AUGGCAUUUGCUGUGAAUGAAAUCAAUGAAAAUCCCUGGCUCUUACCAAAUGUCACCUUGGGCUUCCACGUCCGUAACGGCUACUUCAAUGCCAGAGAGACCUAUCGUGCCACAAUACAUCUGCUCUCUACAGAGAACAGAUUUCUCCCCAACUACAAGUGCGAUUCCCGGAACGAUAUGAUCGGCGUCGUUGGAGGACUGGAAGCUGAAACUUCCUUCUACAUCGCAACUCUGCGGGCCAUCUACAAGAUUCCACAGCUUCACCACUUUCUAAGAAGCAUCUCCUUUAAUAACAGUGCUGGGGAGGAAAUUUCAUUUGAUACCAACAGAGAACUAGUAAUGGGGUAUGAUGUAAUUAACUGGAUAGCUUUCCCAAAUCAAUCAUUUUUUAAAGAGAAAAUUGGAGAGUUUAAUCCAGAAGCUCCUGCAGAUCAAGGGCUUAUUCUUAGUGAAGAUGGCAUCACAUGGAACAGUUGGUUUAACCAGACACAGCCUCUUUCCAUCUGCAGUGAAAGUUGCAACAUGGGUCAUAGGAAGAAAAUGAAGGAAGGCAAGCCAUUCUGCUGCUAUGACUGUGUCCCAUGUCCAGAAGGGAAGAUUUCCAGUCAGCAGGACAUGGAUGACUGCAUCACUUGCAGAGAAGAUCACUAUGCAAACAAGGGACAAGACCAAUGCAUUCCCAAAGACACCACUUUCUUGUCUUAUGAAGAGCCAUUGGGAAUCACUUUUGUUACUUUUGUGCUUCUUAUGUCUCUCACCACUGUUUGGGUGCUUGGAGUCUUUAUCAAGCAUCACAGCACCCCCAUAGUCAGAGCCAACAACAGGGACCUCACCUAUACCCUCCUCAUCUGCCUCCUCCUUUGCUUCCUUUCUGCUUUGCUAUUCAUUGGGCAGCCAAAAUGGGUGUCCUGUCUCCUUCAACAAAGCAUUUUUGGCAUGGUCUUCUCAGUUGCCAUUUCUUGCGUGCUGGCAAAAACGAUCACGGUGGUUCUGGCUUUCUUGAGCAUCCAGCCCGGAAGCAGUAUGAGAAAGUGGGUGGGGAAAAGAGUGGGCAAUGCUAUUGUGAUUUCCUGCUCCCUUUCCCAAGCAGCCAUUUGUUUUGUGUGGCUGGCAACUUCUCCCCCAUUCCCAGAUGUCGACAUGCACUCACAGACUGAAUCCGUUGUCCUGGAAUGCAAUGUGGGCUCUGUUGCUAUGUUUUACUGUGUUUUGGGCUACAUGGGCUUGCUGGCCCUUGUUAGUUUUGUGGUGGCUUUCCUUGCCAGGAAGUUACCUGACAGUUUUAAUGAAGCCAAAUUCAUCACUUUCAGUCUGCUGGUCUUUUGCAGUGUCUGGGUGUCCUUUGUUCCAACCUACCUGAGCACCAAGGGGAAAUUCAUGGUGGCAGUAGAGAUCUUCUCCAUCUUAGCUUCCAGUGUUGGGCUACUGGGGUGCAUCUUUGUCCCUAAAUGUUACAUUAUUAUUCUGAGGCCUAAGAUGAAUAACAGGGAACAGUUAAUAAGAAGAAAAGUGCAAUAA